AUGGGCACUACGAAUCCGUCCCCCUCUACUCCGGCAGGCGGUCACAUCGAAGACGUCACAGACCUUAGCCUCAACCACCCUCUACCCUCCGCCAACGACCCUUUCAUCCUCACACCUACACCCGGAACAGUCGUUAGUACCAAUGCGACUACAGAUCCGGCAACGGCCGCAAGAAUGGAAAGCAUGGCUCGCGAUCUAGCCGAUUGCCAGCAGCGCGAGGUACUGGAACGCGAGAAAGCAGCAGCUCUUCAGAGCGAACUUGACAGGAUACGGACACAGCUCGAACGGGCUGAGCGCAAUCAUUUACAUGGGGAGUCAAAUCGCGAGGGCAGCGCGCAAACAAGAGGACGAGAACAAGUUCGCUUAAGCAUCAGCUUGACCCCCUCCGAACUCGCCAAGAAACGGCCACCAUCACCACGGCGUAUCCAUAACCGUGAGGAAGGAAGCACAAGCGUCACAUCCCGUUCCAGACCCCCCACAGCUGCUCACAACAGCGAGUCUGCCACGCUAGCCCUGAUCUUGCAGCGACUAACGGCGAUAGAACAACGGGAUGCCAAUCCACGGUGCCAACCAGUGUUCGCAGCCAGGACAGGCCCAUUCACUACGAGAAUAAUGAACACCGUGCGUCCUUCUCAAUCCAAGAGCCCAAAAAUCACGCCGUACACAGGUGAAGGCGAUCCAUUCCGGCACAUUGAUAACUUCAAAAAAGUCACUGCCAGUAGAGAAUUCGACGACGCCACCUUAUGCCACCUAUUCAGCGAAACCUUAGAUGGGGAUGCCAUGAAUUGGUUCUUUGAACAACUAGCGAACUCCAUGGAUUCUUUCGCGCAGUUAACCAUAACAUUUCUUAAUCGGUUUAUACUCAUGGCCGGGGCCGCCCACACAACUGAUGGCCUAUUUCAAGUAAAACAAGAGAGCAGGGAAACAUUGGGCACCUUUGUCAUGCGAUGGCAGACUGCAGCAUCCAGAUGUCGGAACCUGAACAAAACGCUCGCCUUGGCUGCUUUUAAGGAAGGACUAUGGUCAGAGAACUUCUUGUUCCACAUUAAUGUGGACCCUCGAAUGCGCGGCGCCACAUACGAUGACAUCAUGACUGAAGCAGUACGAUACGCUCAGGCAGAAUACGUCACAUACGGAGAGAAGCGGACCCCAGUACCAUCAGACAAAACUACUAUGACGCAGACAUCUACACACAUAGUCCCCCUCCAGCGCGAGCUCUUCCCAAACACAGAAGACCAUAGCAAAGGCAGGAAGAGAGAGUGGCAUCAAGCCAAUCACCGUGAUGCGCGUAACAACGAUCGGCACAGGGGUCGGGACAAGAACAGAAGACUUGGCCAGGAACGUCGCGACAACAGAGACCCCCGCCAAGUUAACGCGAUGGGACGCCGUAGUGACCACACACUGCCUAGGGAAGAGACCCUGGAGGACUUUUUCCACGCACAUCAGGACACGUUGAGGAAACCAGCAAGACCGCUACGCCCCCAAACCGAAGCAGAAACUGGUAAAUGGUGCAGAUUCCACGAAAAUGGAAGUCAUAACACGAAUGAUUGCCGCACCCUCCGCAUAUUAAGAGCCAAUGGCGACACGGGAGUUCGCCCGGCGCAACAGAGGGUACAACAGAAUGUGGUUGCCGCAGUCGAGACCCUACGCCGCAUCAACGUUAUAGAGGGAGGAGCCCCGAAGACCAACUUGUCCAACCGAGCAAAAAAGCGCUUUGACCGCAAUAAUCACCCAAGGCAGGUGUAUGCCAUCACAGGAGGAAACGUUAAACGACAGAAAGAAGGAUGGAAACCGAUCACCUUCACUGAGGACGAGGAAAUUGGCAUCUCCUUACCCAAUGACGACGCUUUCCUCAUAGACGCAAUCUUGGGCGGACAAUGGGAUGUAGGGAAGAUGAUGAUCGACACGGGAUCUGCAGUCAACGUCCUAUUCAAGGGCUGCUACGAAAAAAUGGAGCGUAGCGGCAAGAAAUUGGUACAAGACCACGAACCGCUAGUCAGCUUCUCUGGUGACAUAACCCAACCCCUAGGUUCGGAUUAUAUGACAGUACGCAUUGGGACCGCACCAUGCACAGUUUGCGUCGAAGCUGAGUUCAUCAUAGUCGAUGCCUACAGCUCAUACAACGGGAUCAUCGGCCGACCUACACUUAACUGGAUGCGAACUUUUAUCGCCGGACACAUGAUGCUCAUGAAAUUCCCAACUCCGCACGGAACAGGACAGGUCCGGGGUUCACAAUCCGUGGCAAAAGAUUGCCAGACACGCGCAAUUCGACAAACGCGCAACCGACACGAAAUCCUGGCAGUACACGCCACAGUAAACUUAACCGACAAAGUUGUCGACGCACGAGAUGGCGAAACGUCGAAGGGAAAGAGCAAGCAGAAGGCUACGCCAUACGAGACAAAAAUUCCGGCAAACCCCGAAUCCUCAUUGAAAAGCAUUACGCCAUUCGCAAGUCAUCCGGAGCGCAAGAUCAAAAUCGGGGCAACUCUCAAUCCCACUGUUGAGAGAGAUUUAACAAGUUUCUUGGGCGACAACAUGGAAGUCUUCGCAUGGUCUUAUGAAGACAUGCCUGGCAUCUCGCCCGACAUCAUCAUGCAUGAAUUGCACAUCAAACCUUCCGCACACCCAAUUAAGCAAAAGCGCCGAAGCUUCGACGAUGAAAAAAGCACGGCGAUACGCCAGGAAGUUGACAAAUUGAGAGGCAUGAAGUUCGUCCGGGAGGUACAGUACCCUGAGUGGAUCUCAAACUGUGUUAUGGUACGUAAAGCCAACGGUAAAUGGCGUUUGUGUGUGGAUUACAAGAACAUAAACAAAGCAUGCCCAAAGGACAGUUUCCCCCUACCCAGAAUUGACCAGCUCAUUGAUGCCACGGCAGGUCACGAGUUGCUCAGUAUGAUGGACGCCUACUCCGGGUACAAUCAGAUACGCAUGAACCCGGCAGAUAAAGAAGCUACGACCUUCGUCACUGAUAGGGGCCUGUAUUGUUAUAACGUAAUGCCCUUCGGAUUAAAAAAUGCGGGUGCUACGUAUGUGCGUUGCGUCACACAAAUGUUUGACCAACACAUCGGUCGGGAAAUCGAGGUGUACGUCGAUGACAUGCUGGCCAAAAGCAUAAAAGCAGAAGACCAUGUAACCAACCUCCGAACCAUCUUCAAUGUGCUCAAAAAGUACAAGAUGAGAUUAAACUCGGAGAAAUGUUUUUUCGGCGUAACAACAAGCAAGUUCCUGGGCUACAUCGUCAGUUAA